UAUAAAUUUUAUCAAGAGCAAACAAAAAUAAUAAAUAAACAAAAAAUAAACGAAACAAAUACCCGUUUGCCAAAUAACCGGUUCUCGUGAAAAACCACAAAAAUUAUUUGAAUAAAUCGAUCUAGUCAAAUUCGGACCAAAAACUAAUUUUUAUAAAUAUAACUUUUGUUAACCACAAAUACAUGUAUACACACAUAAAAAUCGCUAUCUACUGCGAACGUGCGCCAAAUUAGGCAUAUACAUACAUAUACAUAUGUACACAUGUAUGUGUAUUUUCCAAGUAUAAAUUAAUAAAACUUAAUUGAUGACAUAAAAAAUGAAUUGAAUAAAGAAAUACAUACUCGUUUGUAUGUGCAUACAUAUGUGUUUAUGUAUAGACAGUAGUGGCACAAGUGAUAAAGAAGAAAACAAUUAAAGACAGCGCGCUGGUAACUACCGAAUAUUUCAAGAUUUCAAAUACGAAUUUGAUACACGCCUGCGGCGAAUCCUUUGUGCAACGGUGCAAAUUAACACAUGUACAUACAUAUAUAUGUUUAUAUGAAUAUAUUCUUAUAAAUAAGGUCGUAGGUAACUACAAAUAUAUGUAUGUGUGUAUGUAAAUAUAUAUAAAUGUGUUGUGGACACUGCGUGUGACCUGUAUGAGCUCGCACUCGUAUAUACAUAUGUAUGUAUGUACGUAUGUACAUAAAUAAAUAAGCGUAAAGCGAAACGCUGCCAUACGAAGGAGGUGGCUGUGGCGUCAACAAGAAGAGCAUAAGCACACACACACACACACACACACACACACACACACGCGCGCGUGCUCUUAACAUGACGCAAGGGCAAUUAAAAAUUAAUUCGAAUGAUGCAGCAUCAACGCCGCAACCACAUAUGACAACAACAACAACUACAACAACAACCACUCGCUGGGAUACACUAGUCAGCGCAUUUGAAACUAAUAAUAAUAAUAAUAAAAUAUUCGCCAAAAUUCCGUUACCAACAACAACGACAACAACAACAACAACAACAACAACAACACCAACAACAAUGUACGCAUAUAGAAACCAUUGGCUCUUGUUCUUGCUACUUUUGUUGGUUAACUGUGAUAUGUGCAAAUCUAAUGAAUCUCCAAUGACAAAUGAAGUUGCAACUGUCGGAGAGAAUAACGAAAGUCACGGCGAACAAGCAACGUUGUCGACAAAAAACACUCUCAAUGCCACAACACACCUGAGCGCAGCAGAUUCUGUGUGGGAGCAUGUGGGGGGAGGAAAAGACAGAUUUUUUGCUGCUGAAAAUAUUGAAAAUGUUACUGUUACAUGCUUGCGGCAUUGUAAUUUAGAGGCAAAUAACUUUGCGAACGAAUAUGGACUGGCAUGUGGAACGGAUAGUGAUAAUCCCUUGUGUUUCAGGCGCAGAUGCACAAAAGGAUGCGAACAAUGGAAGGAAACAUUAAGCGACACUGAAUCCUGUCAGGAAAUAUGUAUUUCACCACAAUUGCAUAGCCUUGAUUUAGCCUGCACCUUUGCUUGUGCACUCAGCCAAAACAUGUAUUGGGCGCAACAAAUGCAAAUGGCUAAAGCGACACUCCAACAGGAAACUCCAUUUAUACAAAUAUUAAAUGACACCGACACCGGCACCGACACCAUUAAGUUGUUUUGGAACAUCUCGUUGCCGGAACAUUUCUACGCUAACCAUCAGUUCAGCAUACAUAUACAAUAUAAAUACGAAGACAUCGAAAAUAUAACUGCGCCACAGAGUUGGCGAAAUUUAGCGAACUUCGAUUGUAAGCGAAAUUUCGACUGCGAACUGUUUGAUGAGCUGAUACCCUACGCAGUGUACAAAUUUCGUUUCAAACUCGAUUUAGGCGAAUUCAGCGAACAAAUUCUAUAUUCACCACCAACAGCGCCGUUUAGCAUAGCAGCUGCAGCGCCACCACUCUCGAAGCCGGUGUUGGCGGCGGCUUUCGCGCUGGAUCACAAUCACAUCGCCACUUUUUGGCAGACGGGCGCUUUCACUUGUGGUCCCUUAACAGGCUUCAAGCUCACACUGGAGACUACAAACACAUUACAAAAACUGGUCUUGCCGCCCGACAGCAGAAAAUUUGUUUUUGCUCAUUUAUUGCCAGCUACGUAUUAUACUUUCAAAUUAGCCAUGCUGAAUGCUAAUGGUGAAGGUCCUAUUUUUCAAACAUAUGUACAAACAAAGCCAGCGCCACUGUAUGGAAACUCCGAUAACAUCGAUCUUGUCAUUGUAGCUGGAGAAUACAGUAUUAGAAUCAAAAGUUUUGAUUCUCUAACGGACACUGAAUUGGUUUUCGAAAGCGAAAAUCUCAUUUUAGAUUAUGCUUUCUACUCUUUUCAUGGCCAACACAUUGCGUUCAUCAUAGAUACCGCGGGGAAUAUUAUAAGAGUUUCAUUAGAUGGCGAUAAGGAAAAAACGCUUAUACCGAUCUCAGACAAAUUAGAUAAAUUUAAACCAAAGAAAAUUACCGUCGAUUGGCUAAAUAAAUUGCUUUUUGUCGCCAUAGAGGCACCUGACGACCAUUGGGCAAUAAUUUGCACAGAUUUCAAUGGGGAUGUCGAUAGAUUUGUAAGUAAGAAUUUAACGAAACGCAUCGAACAGCUGGACGUAGAUCCCAUAAAUGGUUGGCUCUUUUGGUUGCAUAAAGGCAGCCUGCUAAGGACAGAUCUAGCUAAAAAUCACACCGCAGCCAUACUCCGAAGCGAUGUAGGCUCCUUUACGAAUGACUAUCAACGAAGCCUAAUCGUUUUCUACAAUACCAGCGAUGCCGAAUUUUACGAAACCACCUACGAUGCUGAAUACAAGGGCAGCCUGCAACUGAAACUAAACGCCGACAUGAAGCACAUACAAAGUUUCUGGUACAGUGGCGUGCAAAUGAUAGCCACUAAUGGCACACAUUUAAUGCGCAAGAAUUUCAAUACAAAUGAACUUGAACUCACAGUCGCAAGGGACUUAGAAUGGUGUUGGCACAUUUUGCCACUCACACGUAAAGCACAAAUGCAGCCAGCGCCAAGGGAGAGACCCGAAAACUUGAACGCCUUAGUCACCGCCAACAUGGCGAAAAUUACUUGGAACGCACCCGCACUUAACCCCUACCAAACGGCAUACGCCUGGCAGCAGUGGAGCUAUGAACUUGAAAUAAUGGAUGUGGCCAGCAAUAGCGCCUUUAAUAUACGCAAUAUAAAGUCAAAUUAUUUUAAUGUCGAGAAAUUACAAGCGAAUAAUUUAUACAAGUUUCGUGUACGCAACGCACACGACACCACACUCGGCUACUGGUCCGCCGAUUUGCUGACACGUACAUGGCCCACUGGGGCAUACAAAUUCCUGGUGGCAGGCCUUGGGGGCAUAUACGAGAUAAAUGAGACCGGUGAACAUGUAGAGCAGGUCGGUCAAAUGGAAAAUGUACAAAAUUUCGUACAGUUGAAUGCAACAAUAUACUACAUAGACGAGAACAAUCAGCGCUUGCAGUGUGCGAACAUCAUGAAUCCUGAGAUAAAUUGCUCAUUUACAGCGACAAACGCAAUGAGCUUGUCGUAUGAGUGGCGUGGUGGCAAGCUGUAUUGGGUGGAUGCGCUGAGAAAUUGUGUGCUCAGAGCGAACUUAGAUGGCAGUCAACGUGAAUUGUUGCCCAUAUACGGUGCACGACACAUCGUAGUGGAUGCCAGUAAUGGUUAUAUCUACUAUACGACAGGCGUACGACUGGUGCGACGCGCUUUGGGCGACUACGCGCUUGACACAGAUGAAUAUGAGUAUUACCAUGUCAGCACAUAUGACGAUGUAAUACGUGGCUUUACAUUGGAUUUGGUGGGGCGAAGGCUCUUUUGGGUGGUACGUAAGGCGAAUGGCGAAGUUCAAUUGCAACGCACCAACAUCGAUGCGCCAAACGCUGCAACAGCACUCGAUGUUGAUGAUGAUGCUGCUACUGCUGCUGUUGCUGACGAGAAGGAGAAGGAGAAGGAGGAGGAGGAGAAGCAGAAGGAGGAGGAAAAGAAGCAGAAGGAGGUGGACGUACAAAUAAGGAUAUUAGAAAAUGACAUAGAAAUUGGUUCUUUGAAGUUUCUACAUGAAAUAGACAGUUUGGUCUGGUUGCAGUCCAAUACCCCGUCACUUAUUUUCUUAAGCACGUUGCCGCAUGCCAAUGAGGUGAAGUUGGCGCUGCCACAGCUAUAUAAAAUCACUUCCUUCAAUUUAUUAGCGCGCUACAUACAAACGCGCGACGCGUCCGUUGUGCCCGACGCUGUGGAUGCGAAAAGUGUGCGCCUCAAUCAGGCCUACACCGAUGAAUGGCUCAUCAAGUGGCAGCCAGUGAAUAGCGCCGAAAAUCAGACAAUCCACUACAACGUGCUCAUAGCGUACAUGACAGCGGAUAAUCACACAGCUGUCGCUUAUAGAACCAACGAAUCGUACAUACGACACACAGAGACGCCAGCAAUGCCUGCAAUCUUCAAUGUAAGCAUAACACCUUGUACACCAUGGCUUCGGGGUCCGACUACAGUUGCGCAACUUCAUGUGCCCAGCACGAGCGUGAAUGCGCCGCGUCAAAUGCGUGUGUUCAUACAAUAUACAAAUAAUGCGCUCGUGGCGCACAACAAUCUCAGCGCGCUCGUGCGCUGGGUGGCGCCCGAAAUCGAUAAUCCCUAUGCGGAAGUAAGUUAUAAAGUUUAUUGCUGGCAUGGCGACACACUCGUCGACGAACGCGUGCACAACGCGAGCAUUGACGACACGCAAUUUGAGUCUGUCAUAGCUGGUCUACAAGCUGGCGAGACUUAUGUCUUUCAGGUGCAAACUUUCAUACCGGGAAUUUCGAGCGGCGGACAGAAUAGCACUGUGCGCAUGAAGCUUAACCCCGAACUGCAAAUGCAGCCGGCAUUUCUAUUUUCGACAAGUGAGUUUAUAGCGUUGUAUGAUUUAGAUUUGCACGCGCAUACCGUUAUUGUGCGCACCGUUAGUCAGGUUGAGCAUUUGGCGUUUAUGCCCAGCGAACAGCGUAUUUUGUGGGUGAAUGAAAAUGUAGAGCUCAUGACAGUGACAAGCGGCGCGAAACCAGUGAAGUUGGCCAGAAUGCGCGCGGAAGUGCUCGCCAUGACGGUGGACUGGUUGCAGCGCAUCGUCUACUGGGCCGAGCUGGCGGCGGCUGAUGAGCAGACUGUUGCCAUAUACGCUAUCGAUUUGUGCCAAUUCGAGGGCAAAGUAAUGUUGCCCAAUAAACUGUUCACGCUCGAAAGUGGCAAGACAGUGCGCGAUCUGACGGUGCUGCCGUAUGCAAAUACGCUGCUGUGGCUAGAGUUUGACGUAAGCGCGCAUACGGCAGCGCUUGUGGGUCGCGCGCUGGAGAAUGAUACGCAGAUAGCGUACGAUAUUGCGCCGUAUCGUAAAAUGUAUGCAUCAAAUGCGUUAACCGUUGAUUUGCUGUCUGAUAACGGUAAUAUUUGUAAUUACGAUAUUGAACAGCGUAGAUGCGGCAGCGUAAAGAGAUUUGCGGCAGAAAAUGCCGUGGAAAAAAUCACUAAAAUAGAACGUGAUAAUAAUUUUGUAUAUGUAUUGGAAAGUGGGCGUGUCUACGCGUACAAUGCGCGUAAGGAAACCUCUGCGCUUGAAGUGAACAUAACAGAUAUAAAAACUAUAAAGGCGUUUAAUUAUCAAAAUUUUCCAGCGCCAACGUGUCUACUGCCAGCGCACGACGCCUUACAGGCACACAAACAUUUAUUAAAUCCCAAAAUAACUGCCGUAGGCGAAAGUUUUUUGAGCAUGAAAUUCAGUAAACUGCAUGAAAUACAAAAUUGUGCACUCAAAAUACCCGGCUUGAAGUACACGCUCUGGCUUACGGACAAUGAGCAGUUCUCACGCAGUCACACGACGCUCAAGCACACACUAAACGUCACGGAACUUACGCCAUACACCAACUACACACUACAAUUGUCCAUAUCCUCGUACUAUCAGCGCAAGCUCAAGCUGGACGAAUGGUAUUCCGAGGUGAUGUCCGUACGCACAGCUGUUGGCACGCCCAGCGCACCACGAAACUUCACCGCGCACGCCUUGAAUCCAUCGCAAAUCUACGUCAGCUGGCAAACGCCGUUGAAACCGAAUUGCGCAAGCGUUUGGUAUGAAUUACAUUGGCAAGACACCACGGCGAUGGCGGAGGCGCGUGCAGAACACAAGCGUUUGAGUGGUUUAAAUUUUUUGCUCACCAAUCUGGCACACUCGGUGGAGUAUAAAAUUUGGUUAAACGUCUUUGCCACGGUGGAAAAAUACAACACGAGCACAACGCUUACAGUCAAAACAUUCGAAAUACCAACACGGCUAUGGCUGGUUAAGAAGACUGCGAGUAAUUUAACUUUAAGCUGGGUUAUCGCGCCCAAUGUGAGCAGAGCGGUGUUGGCAUGUCAAGAAGUGAAUGGCGAGAAUGAGUUUAGCAUUGACAUAACACAGAAUACAACAGCGAUAGUGGUGCCGGAUUUGGAGCCGAAAACUAAAUAUCAAUUCGUGCUGGAGAUUUUCUAUAAUACGCUGCAACAAGCCUACAUCUGGCCAGAAUUGCCGAAUGAACAGUUUGUUUUUGAAACUCUCGGCGCGGCGCCAGGACGGCCGGGCCAACCGCAGAUCGAGCACACUGUGGGUGAUGUUUUUCGAAUAUUUUGGGAGCAGGCGCCAAGUAAUGGUGAAAUAAUAACAUUGUAUUCGCUGGAAGCGUUACAGGCGCGCAAUGUCAGACGCGUUAGACGCAGCUAUGAAGAUUACAUAAAUAAUUCGAUAAUUAUUAAUCAAAAUGAAACGCUCUGGGCCGAAGAGCCGCAACCUAUCGAAGAUAAAUGGUUAGUCGUUUGCAAUACCAGCGCGCUGAGCUGCAUUAUACGCGAGAUCUACAUACAGCGACUGUUAAUGUUUCGCGUGCGCGCCAAAAACACGCUCUACGGCUGGGGUCCUUACAGCUUGGAUAGCGAGCGGAUUUCCGAACCUUUCGUUUCGCCCGAAAAGCGCGAUUCACUCGUUUUGGCCAUCAUAACACCAGCGGCGAUUGUUUCGUCAUUCGUGCUGAUAUUAGUACUGUUGCGCUCAUUGCACACGCGCCGUCAGAAGGCUAAAAAGUUGCUUGAGAAGAGUCGGCCGAGCAUAUGGAGCACCAUAUCCACCAUACAGCAUCAGCAGCUGGUAGCCUCACGCAAUCGCGCCUUUUCCACCGCAAGUCAUGGCACACUGUACACAGGUGGACCGUUAAGUGAUGCGGACAUCGCUUUAUUGCCGCACAUCAAUUGGAGCCAGCUGACGAUAUUGAAUUUUUUGGGCAGUGGCGCAUUCGGUGAGGUGUACGAGGGUUUAAUAAAGCAUGCAAAUUCGGAGGAACAAGAAAAAGUUGCCAUCAAAAGUUUGCGUAAAGGCGCCACCGAAUUUGCUGAACUUUUGCAGGAGGCCCAACUAAUGAGCAAUUUCAAGCAUGAGAAUAUUGUACAACUUAUCGGUGUUUGCUUUGACACGGAAUCGAUAUCGAUAAUUAUGGAGCAUAUGGAGGCGGGCGAUUUGUUGAGUUAUCUACGAAACUCUAGGCCAAAUUCAAAGCGUCCUGUGGCCACCUUAAAACUCCUCGACUUAGCCUCCAUGUGCAUUGACGUCUGCAAUGGCUGUAGUUACCUCGAAAAUAUGCAUUUUGUACAUCGUGAUCUCGCCUGCCGCAACUGUUUGGUAUCCUCGAGCGAUCCCAGCAAGCGUAUGGUGAAAAUUGGUGAUUUUGGUUUAGCGCGUGAUAUAUACAAAAGCGAUUACUAUCGCAAGGAGGGUGAGGGUCUCCUGCCAGUGCGUUGGAUGGCGCCAGAGAGUCUUAUUGAUGGCAUUUUCACAACCCAAACGGAUGUGUGGUCGUUCGGUGUACUCUGUUGGGAGAUACUCACUUUGGGUCAGCAGCCAUAUGUGGCGCGUAAUAAUUAUGAAGUGCUGAGCUAUGUCAAAGAUGGUGGCCGACUAGAGAAGCCGGAAAAUUGUACGGAUAAAUUCUUUAAUUUGUUGCUAAAGUGCUGGUCUUGGCAACCGGAUGAGCGACCCUCGUUCAAGUACUGUCUAACCGAAUUGCUUGCCAUUAAGACGGAGUUAAGGCGCAUCAAUUUUGGCUUCACCGAUGACAAUUGUGAUAAUAUUUUAUAUGCUAAUCAAGCAGUAAAUUGCUUAAGCACAUUUCAAACGCACCAACUACCAAAGACCAACAACACUCAAGACCAGCACACUCAGCACACUUCGGUUGUGCCAAUGGAUUGUGGCAAAAACUUUCGGGAUAAUGAAAUCUUGUCAACACAGCUGGAAACCUUUUAUCAGGAUGUAGAUAUUGAAACCAUACCGGAUGAUGAUUCGCAACUAAUCGAUUCAGAUAUUGAUACCAAUCAUAUAGUACGUUUGGGUGUGAAUACGCAGUGCAAUGAGGGUGUAUCGAGAUUUUGAAGAGCCGUCCAAAGCUUUAAAACACAUAUGUAUGUACGUAUGUACAUAUGUAUUUAUGUAAAUUAAAAAUGCCAAAUAU